AUGUUUCUAGAAACCAGAAGGGGUCGCGGACUACUCAGAGAUCCGCACGGGAGUGAACGGAGUAGGAGAGCGUUCAGUGAUGUUUCUGUCAGAUGUCGAGCCCAGCCAGAGGACAAGCGCAGCGAGACCCGUUCGAUGUGCCCGGAAAGCUCUACGGAACUUCGGAUUGACUACUCUUUUCCGAAGAGCCCGCCAUAUGACUGUGAGGCCAGCACGCCCACCGCUGCCGCAAACCUGCGGAAGUGGGCCGUUGCUCGUGGCUGCCCUCACGGCCGAGGUCGGCGCAGGAGAUCCGAGGAAAGCACCCGGGCAUGUAACAAAGAAUCGUCGUCCAGUCACAGAGUAUUUUGUGAGAGUUCAGCUAUGCCUCCCGUUUGUUCACGUUCAAGUCUCUUUCUGUGCGACAUGUACAAUCCCUCUGCUUCGUUCUCUCCAGCGACAAGGUCACAGCACAGCCGUUUGGAAUACUUCGAGGUUUUUGGCACUCCUUCUGGGUCACAAACGAGCGGCGAUACACCUAGCCGCCACCUUGUCCCAAUCCAUGAUACCAAUCUUGCUGGAGUGGAGUUCAUGCACGAUCGGUCGACAGAACAAAUACACGGGAAGCUCUUGGAUGCCGCAGAUGUUGGGAACCGUUGUAAAACACCACAGGCAUGCGUUCAAAUUGCCCUGGGGCCGUGUCAAGCAGCAUUCUCAGUUGAUGCUGACUAUGGAGGCGUAGAUCCAAGCAGGAAUCUCCAGUCGGAGGCAACAGCGGUCACACCAAACUCCCUAAACUCUGUAACCUCUGUUGUGGAGGUGUCAGACGAAGAAAGCUGCAUCAUGGACGACAGUUUCUUCUUGGCCACAUUUGGCUGGGACCCCGACCAGUUCGCAAGCGAGGACUCCCACACGUCCACAGGAGAUGUGUCAGCCGAUGGUCUCCUUUUUUGUGGUGAAAACCACGUUUUGCAUGUGCCGAUGGAGGCUCGAACUGCAAAAACUUUGGAGUCAGCGAUGGAAUAUGUACAGCAAAAGCGCUCCCCCAAGUCAAACCGAAGCUUGGCUCAUCCGGCUUCGCUCCUCAACUCCCCAGAGCUCGAUUUGUCAUCGUCCCCGGUGGUAGACACAGCCGCGAAGAAGUGUUUCUGUCGGGCUUUCAACAUGUCCCAGGAGUUCCAUGAUUUUUGUCAUGAAGACAUAUCACCACAAGGGGAAUGUGGUGGCACGCACUACGCUGCCUUGCUUUGGGAAAGAGCUAGUGUCAUGGAGGAACUGACGGGGACCUCUUGA